GUGAGAAAUAAAACCAGUUUGGGGAACUUUGGUGCUUGCUGUAUUUCAAUAUAAUAGACUAGUGUUUUCACUGUAUUUUUUUUUUUUGUAUACUUAGAAAAAGUUGUGCUCACACAUUGCAACUUCCUCUCCCUAAGACAAAGAGGAGGGUCAGUAGUUUAUGCAAAGGUUCGAGGUGCAUUACCUGGUUUAGGGAGAUCUAGUUAGCUACUUUGCUCACUUUUAAAAGGGGGAAAAGAGAUCACUUGAUCGGUCAGCAAGACCACAUGACAAGCAGCUGAAUGUAAUUAGGUGGGGAGGGUGCUUGUGUGGGGCUGGCAGCUUCCCAUGCCCUGUGAAUGUUAGAGCUAUUAGUCUGAACUACACUAUUUUGGUUCUAUUUCUUUCUCUGCUGAUGCUUCCUGUAGAUGGGAAAUGGCUCUUUUUGCAUGACUAUGGUAUUCAAGAGAACUGACCUGUGUCAGGAAACUUGUCACUGAAGCACAUUUGGAAAACUACAGAUACAUUCACAGCUGUUAAACAUAGGUGCCGCCUGAAUUCUCACUAUGUCUGAUGGGGACUACGAUUACCUCAUAAAAUUCCUAGCGCUCGGUGAUUCUGGAGUAGGGAAGACCAGCCUUCUUUACCAAUAUACAGAUGGCAAAUUUAAUUCCAAAUUCAUCACAACGGUGGGCAUUGACUUUCGGGAAAAGAGAGUGGUGUAUAGACCCAAUGGGCCGGAUGGUGUUGGUGGCAGAGGACAGAGGAUCCAUCUUCAGCUCUGGGACACUGCAGGGCAGGAAAGGUUUCGUAGCUUGACUACAGCUUUCUUCAGAGAUGCCAUGGGGUUUCUUCUGCUCUUUGAUCUGACAAAUGAGCAAAGCUUUCUGAAUGUCAGGAACUGGAUAAGUCAGCUACAAAUGCAUGCGUACUGUGAAAACCCAGACAUUGUGUUAUGUGGAAACAAGAGUGACCUGGAGGACCAAAGGAUGGUGAAGGAAGAAGAUGCUAAGGAACUUGCAGAAAAAUAUGGAAUCCCAUAUUUUGAAACCAGUGCAGCAAAUGGGAAUAAUGUAAGCAGAGCCAUUGAAACACUGCUUGACCUCAUUAUGAAGCGCAUGGAACGAUGUGUGGAUAAAUCCUGGAUCCCUGAAGGGGUGGUGCGCUCCAACGGGCACAGCUCUACAGAACAACUGAAUGAGGAGCAAGAAAAAGGCAGAUGUGGCUGUUAGCCCAGUUACAAUUAACUUUCUUGUGUAUGAUACAGUACAGUUGCAGCUUACCUGUUUAACUUCGGGACAAAUCGCUUUGUGUAGUUAUUUAAUGAGCUAUAUUAAUUCUUGAUAAGAAUUUUUUGUUUGCUUUCUCUCAAACAACAUUGAUCUCCACCUGUAAGGUAUGCAGUUUAUGAGCUGUGGGACAGAGGUUUAAUUUGGUUUAGCAUUGGAUGUUCCUCUAAUUCUCUGCUUGGGAGGAAAGGGGUCGAAAGGAAUUUUCAUUACCAAAUUCAGAAACAUGUCUCUGUGGGCAGCCAGAAAGGCUAGGCUUCUGAGUUGAAGGGUUUGCAGUUGCCCUUCACAGUCUCCAUUAACU